AUGUACAAUACGCUCUUUUGUCGUAACUUUUCAACUUUUGGGCACUAUCGACUGCUGGUUAAGGGCCUUCCGUUUACCGCUACAAAAGAGGAUCUAGUUGAUCUUUUUAAAGGAUUUGACCCAUCGACGGUCUUGUUAAUCUCAAGAAGGAAAAGAUUCGUCGGAAGUGCGUACGUUUAUCUAGAGGAAGAAACAAAGGCGCUUGAGGCAUGCAAAUUACUUAACGGAUCGUUUUUUAAGGAUAGGAAGCUUGACGUUUCUCUAGACUUUCUCAACUUUGGAUCAAGAAUCCAACCGGUUUACAGGCCAAUUUCAAUGGACAGAUACAGAAACCCAUCGCGAUAUUAA